AUGGGACAUAGGUGUUACAACCUCGUGGCUGCCGUGCUGCUGGUCAUGAAUUUCAAGAGGGCGCAAGCCACGCAGGACUUCUGCAGUAACUGUCCAGCUGGUACUUUCUGCGGGAAAGACAAGACUCAGAUUUGCGUUCCCUGUCCUUCAAAUAGUUUCUCCAGUGCCAGCGGACAGAAGGCCUGUGACAUCUGCCGGCUGUGUGAAGGUGUCUUCAGGACCAAGAAGGUGUGCUCCCCCACCAGCAACACAGAGUGCGAGUGCAUCUCGGGGUUCCACUGCCGGGGGGCCAGCUGCAUCAUGUGUGAACAGGACUGUAAGGAGGGUCAAGAAUCGACCGAAUACGGGUGUAAAGACUGUGACUUCGGGACAUUUAAUGAUGGGAAGCACGGCAUCUGUCGACCCUGGACGGACUGUUCUCUGGAAGGAAAGACCAUACUGAUCAAUGGGACAAAGGAGAGUGACGUGGUGUGUGCGCCAGUCCCGGCCGACCUCUCUCCAGGUACGUCCUCAGCCGCGUGCUCACCUCUGAGACAGAAUCGGGCAACUGGUCAGCCGGCCCAGGUCAGAUUCCUCCUCAUGCUGGUGGUGACGGCGCUGCUCCUGCUGCUCUGCCUCGCGGUCUGGUUCUUUGGGCUCCGGCACGGCCGCAGGAGGCUGCUGUACAUACUCAAGCAACCAUUUAUGAAGCCAGUGCAAACUGCCCAAGAGGAAGACAGCUACAGUUGCAGGUUUCCGGAAGAAGAGGAAGGAGAAGGAUGCAAACUGUGA